AUGCAAUUCUUGAUAAGGUUAACAAGAGACUCAAAAACCCAUCGAAGAAAUAACUUUAAUAACAAACGACUAUUCCAACCUAUCAUAAGCUUUAGACAUGUCCAACUUAAUGGCCACAAACCCUUUCUAGCCUUUGGUCUUCUUCUUCAUCCAAUGGAAACACUCCAUUGCAACCAAAGUAUUAUCGGUAAUGAGGCGGUCUUGAACAAAGGCACUUUGUUCAUCAUCAACAACCUUUGGAAGAAUAGGUUUGAUUCUGUUCGAUAUAUCCUUGGUAACCACUUUCAUGACCAUGUUACACGUGCUUAUAGGCCUAAAAUCCUUGGGACUUGCUGGAUGUUUACACUUGGGAAUCAAAAUAAUAUGGGUUCCAUUUAUCAAACUUGGGCUUUUGUUGUUAUUUAG